CGAAGAGCCAUGGCAGACCUGAAAUAUGGAUCAGCCAAGGUUCCUCGUUUGGAUCGGAAGGGAGGAGCUAUGUUGGUAGUUCGCACGGCUAUCGUAUCCAUGGCCGCUGUGACCAUCGCGGCUCUUCUCAUGAUUAGCACCUGGUCAUCCAGAGUUCCUUCAGUCCUUCAGUCUUCUUCGGAUGUUGCCAAGGACUUGAUGAAGGCAGAUCAGGAUUUAGCGAAAGCCAAGAUGCUAUCCAACCCCAUGGGAAAGCGCAGGUUUCACAAGCUCGGAUUCGUGUCUGGAGACAGGAACGGCAAUCAUCACGUAUACAAUGAUCUGGGAUAUGGCGAGCAUCGAAGAGAGAACUGGGUCGAACGCCACUAUGAUGAUGGCUACUGGAUCGAUCCUCGAACAGGAAAGCAACAGUACAUCUGUGAUGAUGUCGACGAUCCCGAGAGGUAUCGCCCGCUCCCCACAGACAACGAUGGUUUCGACAGGAAAUGGUUCUUCGAUUGGGUGCAGACUGGAACCCACAGACGAGAGUAUAUCGACGAUCCCUGGUGUGACGACCAGUACUACGGCUAUCACUUUCCAGUCCACUACCAUGACGACCGUGAAGUCUAUUCCAACGGCUACGGCAAACACUUUGGUGAGCACUAUGGCUUCGGUCCUCAGGACCACUACGGUGAAUUUUUCCAUGGGCUCAGCCCAGGGUACGAUUGGGUGGAGGAGCACGGGUCUGAGAACGCGAAUGACCAGCUUCUGGGUUACGCGUACCCUGACGAGAAGAAUCAUGUCAUCGGCGAUGAGGGCUCGGCACGGUACCGCCCACUGCACUACAUGGACUGGGACAGCGAUGGCACGCGGGCGAUCAACACGGCAAAUUCCUAUGGAGAGGAGGAUUUCCUGAGCGACGCUUCUGCAAAGCGCACCAGAAACAGCGGGUUGUCGAAGCAGCUGCUUGCGGCUCUGCAUUUUACUAGGGGAAGGGCACAGAUGGCAAGGAAGAACGCCGAUGCCAACAAGUUUCACAGGUUGGAACAUGAGAUCCACAAUGAUGAGGCGAAGAUCGCAGCAUUGGAAGCGGGGAAAGCUCACAGACUAGCCAGGAAGUCUUCCAUUCAUGCCGCUCCCAAGCAGGUCAGGCAUCAGGAGCAUCAUGCGAAGAAUCCUCUGGACAUGGCCGUGGACGAUGUGGAGUCGCUCGUCUCCGGUAAACCUGUGAGCCUUCCCUCCCAUCAGAAGACAAGAGCGACCCACCCUCAGCAGCGCCAUGCUGCCACGCAGAGUCAAGUUACUGCUCCCAAGUUGAGCAAGAAAGAAUUCGAGAUCCGGGUAGCCGACCAGGUGGCGAGGGACGCGCUCAAGACCAAGGACGUACAGUCGAGGAUCAAGCUCCUGGGGGCGGCCAAGGCUCAGUACGAGGAGGCUGUUCAGGGGGGAACAAGUAAAGCUUCCCGCUCCAUCAAGGAGAGUCGCUCACAUGCAGUGAACCCCGUCGUUGCGGCCGAGAAGCUCAGUGCUGUGCAGGAGGAUCUAAAGAAGGUGGCUGCGAGCAUUCAGAGGCAGGUGGAGAAGAAGGUGAAGAGCGCUGAGGACGUGAAGCAGGCUGUUGACAAAUAUCUCAAGCCUUUGGCUUAAUAAAAGUCUAAUGUAUCAUCG